AAGCCGGUGUCUCGAGCGAGUCGCUGGCGCGUCGCUCUCCGCGCUCCCAACUCUUCCACCUUUCCUCGUUCUCCUCUCCCCCCCCCCCGCGCGGACUGGUUGGUUCGUUCUGUUCCUCCCUCCCCCUGUGUUCCCCGCACCUCCCUCCUUGGACUCCCCGCUGUGGUCGGGCUGGGCCAAGCAGCCAAGUCGGAGGACGCAGGCAGGCGGGGCGAAUCAGCCGGAGGGUUGCCGUGGCAGGGGACUGGCUGGCGCCUGAGGGGACACCCCCCUCCUCUUUCCUCGUCGCCUAUUGAGAACCCGGCCGGCUCCUGCGGAGAGAACAGCGCGGAGCGGGGGGGAGAACGCCCCCCCCGUCCCUUGGGCAGCAAUAUGAGUGAGCAGAGCAUCUGCCAAGCACGAGCUGCUGUAAUGGUCUAUGAUGAUGCCAAUAAGAAGUGGGUACCAGCUGGUGGGUCUACUGGAUUCAGCAGAGUUCAUAUAUAUCAUCAUACAGGCAACAACACAUUUAGAGUAGUUGGCAGGAAGAUUCAAGAUCAUCAGGUGGUAAUAAAUUGUGCCAUUCCGAAAGGACUGAAGUACAAUCAAGCAACACAGACUUUUCAUCAGUGGCGGGAUGCUAGACAAGUGUAUGGUCUCAACUUUGGCAGCAAAGAAGAUGCCAAUGUCUUUGCAAGUGCCAUGAUGCAUGCUUUAGAAGUGUUAAAUUCACAAGAAUCUGGUCCAACGUUGCCUCGACAAAAUGCACAACUUCCCCCACAAGUGCAAAAUGGCCCAUCACAAGAAGAUUUGGAAGUCCAGAGAAGGCGACUGCAGGAGCAACAACGACAAAAGGAGUUGGAAAGGGAGAGGCUGGAACGUGAAAGGCUGGAGCGGGAAAGGCUAGAACGAGAGAGACUUGAGAGAGAGAGACUAGAAAAGGAAAGACUGGAGCGAGAGCGGCUAGAACAGGAGCAAUUGGAGAGGGAGCGGCAAGAAAGGGAGCGGCAAGAACGAGACCGGCAAGAGCGCCUAGAAAGAGAGAGAGAAGAGCGUGAGAGAUUGGAAUGGGAAAGGCAGGAAAGAGAGCACCAAGACCAACUAGAAAGAGAGCAACUGGAAUGGGAAAGAGAGAGAAAACUAUCAAGUGCUGCUCUCCCUGCCUCUGUUGAGAACUCUCUAAACUCUGUGCUGGGAGACUCCUCUGCUUCUGAGCCAGUCUUGCAGACAGCCUCUCAGCCGAUUGAACCUCCGUCCCAGCAGGGUGUUAUCCAAGGACCACCUGCACCUCCACCCCCACCACCUCUUCCACCUGGCCCUAUCCAUUCCCCACCAGCAGUCCCACCUCCCCCAGGGCCCCCUCCACCACCACCUCUUCCACCAUCAGGGCCUCCACCUCCUCCUCCUCCUCCACCACCACCUCCUCCUCUUCCUAACCAGGUUCCUCCUCCGCCUCCUGCCCCUCCUCUCCCUGCCACUGGUUUUUCCAUGGGAUCGAUGCCUGAAGACUACCGUCCUUUAACAGGGCUAGCAGUUGCUCUUGCUGGAGCAAAACUCAGAAAAGUAUCACGAAAUGAAGAGGCCACUAACCCAAGUGGGGGAAUGAGUUCUGCUUCACCUAAAACAGAUAGUGGCCGUGGAAAUGGGCCACUUCCCCUUGGAGGAAGUGGGUUAAUGGAAGAAAUGAGUGCACUGUUGGCCAGAAGGAGAAGAAUUGCUGAAAAGGGAUCAUCAGAAGUGGAACCGAAAGAAGAAAAAAAUGAAGAAUCUGAGCCUUCGGCAUCCAAGCCUCCUUCAACAAGCACACCUGAACUAACAAGAAAGCCUUGGGAAAGAACAAAUACAAUGAAUGGAAGCAAGUCACCUAUUAUUUCGAGACCAAAAUCUGCAUCCUCUGGGCAACCCAGUACAAAUGGAGUACAGUCUGAAGGGCUAGACUAUGACAGAUUGAAACAGGAUAUUUUAGAUGAAAUGAGAAAGGAAUUAACAAAACUAAAAGAAGAACUAAUUGAUGCAAUCAGACAAGAACUGAACAAGUCGAAUACAGCAUAGAAAGACUAGGACUAAACCGCUGUGACCACUGGUCUUGGUACAAAAUCAACUACAUUUUGUGAUCUCUUAGAAGAAAAGAAACACCCAUAUGGAAGAAGGGAAAAGCAAGACUGAACUGUCAGAAAUCAUUCUGGUGAUACUGUUUCCCUUUGCUGCUGUGUUCUGACUCUUCAACAGGGUGGAAAAUAGUCUUAAGUUACAGUAACGAUUUAUGCAGAAAAUCCUAUACCUGUCAGACAAGAUCACAGUGCAUUGAAAUGUUUUCAAGAUGAACCUGCACAUAUUUCAUAGUUCAUUAAGACAAAAAAUGGAGAAAAGGUUGGGAAGGCUUUUCAGAGAGGUUUUCUUAAUGAAAGAUCUAGCAAGUUAUACUGUUGAACUGCAAAUGUAUCUCAGGUUAGUCUUCCUAUCAUAUUUGGUAUUUCUAUGAAUAAAAGAUCAAACAUGACUUCAGUUCACAAAAUAAUGAACAGAUAGGAGUAUGUGCUAUAAAACGAAAUAUUGAUGAAUGAGCGAGCUAGGAUGUGGUGGUAUAUUGAGUUUUGGAAUCUUGUGAUAGGAAGCCUCUCUAGUUAGCCUUCAUGCAGUUUUGUAGAGAAAAACGCAAACGCUGUCCAGAGUAUAAAGAUGUAGAUGCCUUCCUAAAUUGUAAUGCUUUACCAAAUCUAAGACUUCUCCAGAAUACAAAUCAACGGUCAAAUGUAAAUUGUUAGAUUGUUAUAGACUUACCAUAGGUUUUCAAGCUUUUUAAGAUUUAUGCAUGUAGACAUUUUUGUAAUAUAACACAACCACAGAGUUGGCUUUUUAAUUUAAAACAUCCUUGCAUGCCACAAAUAUUAAGUAGCCUUUUUACAGUAAGACCUAGUUAAUGCCCAGGCAAAACUUGGGAGGUGUACGAUUGGGGAUGUGGGUGAUUUUUUUAUUUUUAAAAAAAUUUGUAUUAAUUACUGCACUAUUUUUCCUUAUAUUGCAUGCAUGUGUAAUAAUAAGGAAAAUGUUGUGACUUAUCAGUAACCAUGUUAAAUAGAACCAGGUACUUUUUUGUAUCAUUUCUUUAAUCAUUUGUAUUUCAAACUUAAUAAUUCUUCCGUAACAGUUCUGGAAACUUCAAUCAGUUUUGCUGCUUUCUUAACGUGAUCUAAAGUUAAACAUCAUGAUUAUAAUAACAGCUGAUCUUAAAGAGGCAAAUGCAAGUAAUGCAGAGUGUUCUUUCCACAACAGUUACUUUUACCUGUGUAUUGAGGGCAGGUUUUGUUUAAUUGGGUGAAGGGAAACAAUGUUAGGACUGGUGCAAAUGUUAUCUUUCCAGUCCUUUAAACCUUGGGUUAAUAGAUUGGGGGCAGGCCACAAUAUAACUUGCCACAAUUAACUUUUCCCCAGCCCCUUUCCAGUAUAAAUUUCUGCUACCCUUUUCCCCAAAAGUCUCAACUGUGAUUAAGAAUUGCAUCAUUACCAGCCUUAAUUAACAGUAACCAGCCUUGGUUAACCAGAUUCUGAAACCAAUUUCAAAUUCUGUUGAAACAGACCCCUAGUUAGCUUUAAGGAAUGACAGACCAGAAGAAGGUGGGGAGAAGGAACACACUAUUUUACAGUUGCCUUUGUCAACCAUACAUUUGGGCCUUGGUAGUUAACAAUCAAAUAUUGAUGCACAAAGUCACAAGAGGGAAAAGAUUUCAACAGUAAUGGUGGCAACAGUAUGCCUAGGAAGAUGGAAUUAAUUUGCUCUGAUAUUUUCAUCUUCUGUCUCCUAUCCCACUGUCCUAAAUAUAUUAAAAUGACCCCUUUUAGAAGUCAUUGGGUGAGACUGCAGUUUAAAUUUGGCAGAUGUGUGAUAAAAUCUAUAUUAUCCAUUGCAUUUUGAAAUCUCCAAGCUACAGUAGUGCCAUAUUUAUUUUUAUGAGCUAUGCUGAUUUGAAAAUAACUUGUGGCUUUGGACAUCCUUAUUCAGCUUUGUAGAUAACCAUCCAGUUUUGCUUCACAAGAAAGCUUUAACUAGUCUAUCCUCCCAAGUGUUGGACACCAAAGCAAAUUUACAGCACUAAUUGUUGCUUAAAGGCUUGAAUGAGGAAACCCUCUAUUUCCCCUUUUUCUUUAAGACUGAACUAUUGCUUAUAAAAUUUAACCCCCCAAUCAGUGGCUACAUUUUAAAAAAUGGUUCUCUCUGCAUGAAUUAGUUGAAGGCAUUUAAAUCUCAAGGCAAGCAAAUAAUGUUGCUUUCAAAUUAAGAGGAGGCAUUUUCAUCUUUUUAAAAGUGACUUCUGUUUAAACAGUAUAACCUUAAAUGCUUACUCUUGUCAGAAAUCAUGUUUGAUUUUGUUUGUAAAGAAAAUUCAGCGAUAGUCUAGCAGAAUGUUAUAGGUGUAAGUGGUCCAAAGGUAAGAAACUUAAAUUACUAGAUUGUGAACGAAACUGGUUAAUGCACUAAACGUUUUGUGCCUUGGUCUAAAAUUAACAUGAUUUCUGUUAAAAGAAAAAGAAAACAGAGGUCUUUGUACUCUUUCUACAUGCAUAUUUACGUGAUCCUGAAUUGGACCGUACCAGGAAAUCCAGUUUGAGUUAAACUGUAAAUUCAUGCUGUUGUACUGACAGCUAUGCCAUUGCCAGAUAUUCCUGUAAUUAAAAUGAGCUACAGAAGAAGCUUAGGUUAUUUUAAUUACUAUUCUUUAAAAAUAAAAAAAAGAAAUGUUAUGGUUCCUGUGCUUUUGUACAGCGGAUGCCUUAAGCUGAAUGUGGUUUAGGGGAUCACUUUUAAUUCCAGGAAGGUAUUACUUUCCUCAACACUGUGAUCUGAUCUGUGAUUAAUCUGUCCUAUCCAUACACAAGUGGCUAACAAGUCAAUUGCAAACAAACUGAAUGUACAAAUCUUAGUGCUGGUGCUGAAAUCUCUUCAGAGAGUUGUCAUGAAACAAGUUCAUUGUUCAAAAGGUUUGCAAGCAUCAAGUGUCAAUCAAAACUGAAGAUGAAACACUAAUGAAUGUUUGAAUUUUCAUGCAUUUAGUUUUACCUCCUUUGAGUUUUUCAGUUAAUUCUCUGCUAUUUUUACCAUAUUGUCAUUUUAAAAUUUCUUAAAUGCUAACUUUGUUUUGUUUGAGCAGAUGAAAUAAAAUUGCAAUAUAUACAUGC